UGCACCCGCUGCUGGAAGGACCGACCCCCCGGCACCCCCCUGGCUCCAGCACCCACGCUGCAUGGCACAAACUUUCCUCCCGGGACAGUGCUCGCCUUCUCGCCUCAUCUCUCCUCGUCUGGUCUCUGUCUUGGGGAGCCCUUGCCGAGAACCCCCAAAAGGUUGCUGAAAUGGGUUGUGGACUGAACAAGUUAGAGAAACGCGAUGACAAACGGCCUGGAAAUAUCUAUUCAACUUUGAAGAGGCCACACGUGGAGACCAAGAUCGAUGUAUCCUAUGAAUACCGUUUUCUGGAGUUCACGACGCUGAGUGCUGCGGAGCUUCCACACUCCUCAGCUGUGAGACUGACUUCCCUGAAGGACCUGCCUGUCCAGCUCCUGGAGCUGUACCAGCAGGGAUUCUCACUGGUGGCCCUACAUCCCUUCCUGCAGCCCACCCCCAAGCAGGAGAAAUCACCCUUGGAGCACAUCUUCAGGGCCAUCCUGAUCAAGAAGACUGACAAAUCUCAGAAGCCUGAUCUUUACAAUGACGGCUACAUCUUGGAAUUAGAUUGCUGUUCCUCCUUGGACCACCUGACUGACCAAAAACUUGUCCCAGAAUUUGUGAAGAAGGUCCAGGAGGCUGCAAGUCAGGGCCUGAAAUUUGUUGGUGUCAUACCUCAAUUCCACUGCCUGACCAACAGCACCCAGGAUGCUGGAGACUCUGGAAAAGAACGUGGCAGAUGCCAGGUGGAGAACCCAGGAACCCCAGAUGGACCUCCAAUCGACACAGAUGGAAACCCAGAGCCCAAACGGGACCCAGGAGGGGAGACACCCUGCAUCCAGCAAUCCAGCAGGCCCUCCAAAGAAGGGGGUGGGGAGGGAAUGAGCAAGCCUUUGGAUGGCCCCAACCAUGACCAGUCGGAAGUGCUUGAGGAGCCAAUCUUAGGAAAGAUGGAGAUCUACACCCUGUUCAACAAACCGAAGAGCCACCAGAAGUGCCGCCAAUACUAUCCUGUCACCAUCCCGCUACGGGUCUCCAGAAAUGGCCAGACAGUGAGUGGUCUGGAUGCCAACUGGUUGGAGCACAUGAGCGACCACUUCCGGAAAGGCGGCGUGUUGGUGAACUCUAUCUUCUAUCUGGGAACAGUCAAUGAUUCCUUACACAGUUUGACAGAUGGAGUAUUCAUUUUUGAAGCUGUUUCCACAGAAGAUAGCAAAACCACACAGGGCUAUGACGCUAUUGUUGUCGAACAAUGGACCGUUCUGGAAGGUGUGGAGGUGCAGACUGACUACGUGCCGCUACUGAACUCGCUGGCAGCCUACGGCUGGCAACUCACCUGUGUGCUGCCAACUCCAGUGCUCAGGACAACCAGGGAGGGCAGUGUCUCCACCAAGCAGAUCAUCUUUCUUCAGAGACCAUGUCUACCUCAGAAAAUGAAGAAGAAGGGGUCAAAGUUCCAGUGGCGAUUCUCCCGGGAAGAAAUGCACAACCGGCAGAUGCGAAAAUCCAAAAGCAAGUACCUUGCCAGGGACAAGUGGCAAGCAGAAGAGAAUGAGAAGAAUCUAGAAGAGCCAUUUUCCAAAGCUGAAGGCAUGGGAAACUGCAUAGCAGGCCAGACACAGGAGGACAUAGCCACUGAGGAGCUGAGAGGCCAAGCAGGGGAGGUCCAGGAAGAAAAGGGAGAAGACGAGGCCAUGCAGAAUGGUCCUUCAGGCAGCUCAGGGCCUGACUGUGGAGAGGAAGCCAGCGAGGGAGGCCCAGUAGAUGAGGCUGUGGAGCCGGUUCCCGAGAAAGACAACUGAAUCUGUGGAAUCCAUGGUCACACUGAGGCCCUAGCCCACCACAACCAGCUUGGCGGGUGGGGUGUCUUAAAUGUCAUGUGUUACCCUUUGGCUUGGCUUCACCUCUCCUUGUGCGCUCACCGGAUCCCUCACUGUGUUGGUCUGCACACAUCCAUCCACAUGUGUCGUGGUACCCCGGUGUUUGAAUAAAAGAGGUGGGAUGAGUCCUUCCAGACCUCAGGCCUGGCCCCACUCAUGGAAGGGUUUGGACCAACCAGUGCCUGUUUCCACCCCAGGGGAGCAUCCCAGGCUAAUCCCUGGGUCUCCCAGGCUACGAACCAAGUGAAUUGGUUCUUGGCUCCCGUUGGGAUGGGUGUCAAUCCCCCUUGACCCUCUCCAGCUGCUGUCUAUGGAAAUCCCUCAGACCCUGCUGCUUUGGCAAAGAAAGUGACACGGGGGAGGAGAAUGCCCCACCUUUGGCUUUUCUCAAAAUGUUCCCCCUAGAAACUUAGGGAUAAUCGGGAAGUAAAGAGGUAAUUCUGUCUGUGCACCUGCUUCUUUGCAGAAAGUCCAAGAAAGUAUUGUGUUAGUCUUCAUGCCAAAAAGUUUUUAAACGUUUUGUAUUCACAUAUGAACACAUCAUAUGAACACGUUCUUUUUCUGUCGUUUGGGGAAGACCCGGAUGUUGGGGAGUCCCUGUUGUGUGCUAUUUUAAUCCGUGUGUCAUUGGCCAAGUUGUCACCCAUGUAUGCUCUCACGUGUUUCUAUUGUCCAGAAAGUAUUGUUCAGGCUUUAAGUAGAUGCAACCUGGCAAGCCCUAGCGAGAGAAUCGAUUGUCUUCUAGACCAAAACAAGCCUGUCUCUUCUCUUGUUUAGUUACUUAAAGCAAUAAAUCAUCUAUGAGUUAA